UCGCCAUUUUGUAAAAACUUUCUAUGACACAGUAAUGUUGAAAUAAAUGGCGCAGGUAAACUAGGAACUGGUUCAUUAUACAAUGUUUUAUGAGGAAUUAAAAGAUCUUCGGGAAAAAUAUGAAGCUUUAUCUUUACGCUCAGGAGAUGGUGGUCAAAGCACAAACCAAAACAUUGUUCCAGGAUACCAACAACUUCAGAAGCAGCGAUCAGAAAUUCUACCUAGUGGACAAAGCCAAACAUUUACAAGUCAGGUUUCAGACAACGACGAACAGCAAGGGCUAGUUGUUAGAUCCGACUUAGGAAGCAAUCUUUCAAACACAGAAGAGGAUUUAUAUGAAAUUGCUAAACGAGUACACGAACAACAAAAAAGAAGGUAUCUAUUUACGGAUUUAUCAGAUUCAAAUAACAAUGAAUGUUUUGAACGAAAGCACAAAAGACAAAAUUCUGCACAAUACAGAACUUACAGUAACGAAGAAGUAAGAUGCAAAUCAUAUCAAGGAUGGAAAUCUGAAUGUAACCGGCCUACCAUGCACUUUGCAAAGUCUGGGUUCUUUUACAGAGGUUUUGGUGACAUGGUAACUUGCUUUCAGUGCGGACUUGUUUACAAAAACUGGAGCAGCGAUGCCGAUCCCAUAAUUAUCCACUCAACUCGUCAAUCAGACUGUGAUUUCAUAUCAGACCUAAAAGAGAAAGGAAUAUUAUCUUGUGAAAAUAUCAUUACAAACACAGACACUGGAUAGCAGCAGCCAAAUUACACAAUCGUUAAUUCAAGACAGGAUUAGACAUUAUGUGUCUACUUUUGAUAAAAUUCACCACAUUGUCUUACGGAUGCAUUCGUCUAGAUACUAUUUAAAAGAAAAGACUCUAUAUUAUAUCAUAAGAUUUAAAAAGCAAACAUGCACCAACAUCUUGCGUUUUAAUUUUACCAAAAUGACGGGUUUGUUUUCACUUAUUUCAAUUUGACUUUUAUCAUUGUACGAAUAUAAAGAUGAAUGUUACAGAUAUAUCCUCUUAACAAAUUUUUGACAUGAGGAGCAUAGAAUAUAUUGAUAGAUUUUUAACAGAAAAUGUAUUGAUUUUAUCCUAAUUUGUACUUCAACCCUGCUUCCUCAUAAGCUUAAUUUCGGACGGAGUCCGAAUUUAAGUAUGCUUUAUCACAUUGGAACAUUCCAUAUGAACACAUGGUAAUCAUAUGGACAACUUUAUUUUCUAAUAAAACAUGAAAAGUUA